CGGACGGGGGAGGAGAGAAGAGGGCAGGCCCGGGGGGGAGGGGGGUGUGGAAAGUGCUGCCGGGCCCCGCCCCGUCUCCUGAAGCCGCCGAGCAUCCACGGCCGCAUCCACGGCCGCCGCCGCCGCAGUGGGCGAUCGGGCGCGUUGAGCGCAGGGCUACGCUCCACCACUGGCUGGAAGUUCCCGAAGCAGCAGGACCACCGCCCCGACCCACCAUGGCUGAUGAGAUCGAUUUCACCACCGGGGACGCGGGGGCUUCCAGCACGUACCCGAUGCAGUGCUCGGCCCUGCGCAAGAACGGCUUCGUGGUACUCAAGGGCCGGCCCUGCAAGAUCGUGGAAAUGUCAACUUCUAAGACGGGCAAGCAUGGCCAUGCCAAGGUUCACCUGGUUGGAAUUGAUAUUUUCACGGGCAAAAAAUAUGAAGAUAUUUGUCCCUCUACUCACAACAUGGAUGUUCCAAAUAUCAAGAGAAAUGAUUAUCAAUUGAUAUGCAUUCAGGAUGGUUACCUAUCCCUGCUGACAGAAACUGGUGAAGUUCGUGAGGAUCUAAAGGUACCAGAAGGUGAAUUGGGCAAAGAAAUUGAAGGAAAAUACAAUGCUGGUGAAGAUGUGCAGGUUUCUGUCAUGUGUGCAAUGAGUGAAGAAUAUGCUGUAGCCAUAAAGCCCUGCAAAUAAACAGAACCCUCAGGCUCGAGCAAAAUGCUUAGGUCUGGCUAAACCACAAGGCUUCGCUUUGGUUCUUACUGUCACCAAAGCUCUGGCCUUCCUUCACAAGCAACCUCAUAUCCCCCCCCCUUUUUUUUUGGUUAGUUUUUUCAGAAUAGUGCUGGAUUCUAGAUUAGUUUUGAAGACAACUGGCAAUUUUUAAAAAAUCACUUAGAUUUGUAGUUCUCUAUGUAUUUUGUAGAUUUGUUUCCUUCAACAUUCCUAAUAGCUGUUAGUUUAGGGGUCCAAGAAACUUGAAAAGACUCUUUUCAGCAGGCAGAGUAUAAUUUGCUUGAGCAAAAGCUUAAGUUUGACAGGAGAUAAACCUGGGUUUUAAGUGGAAUAAUGUAGUGUUGAAAUAGCAGAUGUUGGUAAGAUUAAUGCAGCGUAAUUCUGGGCUUAUUAACUUAAAAUAGAAAGUCUUACAGAAUGGAAUAAUCACAGCUUAGAAUCAUGUGUGCCAAGCACAAUUCUUAAAAGACUAAAAAAUUACAGUGAUCCAAAAUUGCCAGUUGCCUUUCAAAAGUUCUAAUGGCCAUGUGCAACUAACUGUAUUACCUCUGUUAUACUAUUUUUUGCCAACUUUUUGGCAUACUUAUAAUCUUAACUCUACUGUGUCAAAGCCCUGCUUAUGGUCAAGAAGGGACAUUCAGAAUGCUGGGUGAAUGUUACAAAGCUGGGUUAUAAAAUGGGGGCGGAGGGAGUAGUUAAAGCUGGAGAUUUUCACACGAGGCCUUUGUCUUCAGACUGAAAAUUAGAAAAAUGCCAUUAUAGUUGGCUUUUUCUUUUAGCUCUCUUUUUCUGGAAAUAUAGUUCAAAGGAGCAACUAGCUCCCUAAGAUAAUGUUUGCAAAACUCAUGCAGUAAGUAAAUGCUUGGCUUCUAACUGAAUUUCAACCACUUAAAACAAUAUUUGGCAUUGAAACUUUUGUCAAACAAAAUGCCAGAACUUGUUUUAAACUUAAUAUGAAAAAAAUUGAUUGUCUUCUGCUACUGAUGUUUUACAUAGUAGAUCAAAUGUAGAUAUAUGUAUUUUUGUGUGUACUUUUUUUUAAGCAAUUACAGUAUAUAUGUUCUGGUUUGCUUGCAUCUGCCACUUACAUAGCAACCUUUUUUUGGCUGACUAUUGUGUGAUUUAAUUCAGUAACAGGUCAAAAACCUAACUAGGAAAGAGCUAUAGGACUAGGGAAAUGAUUUAGCUGAAGGUAGGAUUGAUUAACUUGUGCCACAUUUCUUUAGUCUAGUUUGGUUUAGUCUUUUGGAACCUUUGGAGCCUCUUUUUAGAGGUGGGGGCAGAGGGAGGCCAGGAGAAUGACAUUCAUGAACCAGUUGUGAAACAGUUCAUUUUAAAGACAGAUUCUGUCACUUCUGUAUCCUUGUUCUGUCCUCACUCUCUUCCCUACUCCCCAAAACCUUGUUUUGAGCAUCUUCAAAGGCUCUGUGCUGCUGCUUCAUCUGACUAGAGAAACUGGGGAAUAGCAAAAAGGUCAAUCGGCAUUAGAAGAUUCUCUUUCAGAUGUAGUUUUCCAAAUUACUAGAGGCAAGUCAUUUGUGUGUGUACUUGCUUCGUCUUGUAUACUUUACAGUAUCCUUACCUGCCCAUCCAUUUCAGGACAGAGCAAGCAGAAAGUUAGCAAGCGCAGAGAAGGAACCUGGACAGCCGCAAAGGGAUCUUGUACCUUGAGGUCAAAAUCAAGUGUGAACUUCGACUCUGUUUCCUAGCUAAGGCACAGAGAAGGGCUGCUGCUUCAUUUUUCCUGGCGUUCUGUCUUCAGCGCCCACUCCCUGCUUCUGGCUCCAACAUUCUUACUUUUCUGCUAGUUUGCAUGGAGGUUCUCUGUAGGGGAAACUGAUAAGUGACCAAACAUGCUCAGUCCACCGGCAAGUCCAUCAGAAUCCAAGUUGAAAAUAACUAGUUUAGCACAAAUUCAGAGCCGGCAUGCCCUAGGUUUCUCUGACAUGUUAAACUUCACAUACGUAUUUCUAAGUGCAGUAUAAGGGUGGAAACAUCACACCCCCUGUAUUCCUAUCUUAGUAGCUUGACUGGCAAAAGCUAUAUUUAUGCAGCUAAUAUUUAGUUUUUAACAUACUCUUUCCUUGAAGUAUUCUCUAUAAAGUAGAACUACUUUUUACUGUUUUAUGUACAAUUAAUGUGUAGCUAUUUUGAAGGACCAUCCAUUUCCAUAUAUCCCUUGAUAGAGAAGAGACUAAAGCAAGUAUUUCAUUAGUUAGUAAAAUGGCCACUGUUUGAAAGAGGGCGAGAACCAUGCAUUUUUAACUUCAAGAACAGAAAUGACCUCUUUGAAACAAGAAAUGCUGAUGAUAGGAAUUCUUCAUUCUUCUUAGUAUUUUUGCACUAUUGGCAGCAUGUGGUUAAAAAUCUUGUUUUCCCAUGUGCAGAAUAUCAAAUGCCAGGUUAGCAGUUUACACAGUGUGUGGUAUAGCCUGUGCAUCUCCACGUAUUCCAUCAAUUUACGUUGCAGUAUUAACCAGUGAGUUCUGAAAAUUUAAUGUUUCCUCAUUUAGCAAACCAGUUGACAACUUUUUUACUCAUACUUUAUUAUUUGCUUUACGUUUUUUAUAAGGUUACGUAUGAAGCAGUUGAAAUCAUUGCUAUCCAAAUGUAGCAUUUGCGUCAUAAACAUAUUGUGAUUCCUCUCGAGCCAUCAGUCAAAAUCAAGAUUGUUACUAACACAACGUUUAACAUUUCUUUCAUUGGUAGCACUAAUUUUUAAACGAACACUCUACACCCCCCCCCAGUACUGUGGCCAGGGCACAAUGCUGAUAAGCUUUCCUAGAUGCUGCAAUAAAGCAAACGAGUAGGCUAUAAAGUUAUUCUGAAAGUUUCCAUUUUAUGGCAUUAAAUAUGUAUGACUUUUCACACAUAUGGAGCCUUACGUGUUUUUGUUCUUUUCAAAGUCUUUCCAACUCUCUCUAAAGUACUGUAGUCUGGUAGUGCCUCAAAUGUUGGUAAAUUUUCCUUUAUAGCCUUUCCAGUGCUUGUCAAUGUUCUUGGUCUUAGAUGGUUUCUCAACUGGAAUAUUUCUAGUUUGAGCUUCUUUGGAGUGUGUUGUUCUCAGGGCUCUUUUUGCUAAGUUCAUAUUAGCUGAGAUUUCAUUUUUUUAUAAUAACCGAAAAGACAUUGCAGAAUUUCCCUAAAUCAAAACCCCUUCUGCUUGCUCAUGGUGUGACAUAAGUAUCUGACCUUGGCAGGCUGUCGGCUUCAUUCCAAAAUAGAAAGGAAGAUGGCGGCAGUUGCUGUACUGGAGCCUCGCUUUUAAAGAGUAUUUACUCUAGAAUGGGAUUCUAUCUUGAACACUCUCCAAGGAAGUUUGCUCAGUAACAACGUUUCUAGAGCACUUAAUUAUGAGGGAAAUCUGUAGUGUUGAUUCCAAAGCUCUUGUGUUGAGUGAUUUUGAGAUUAGAGCUGUUGGAUUGAGGAAUGAUGUAUAAUAAAAAUGGCCUCUAGAUUCAGCUUGUUCUUCUGAGGAUAAGCAAGAUUAUAGCCUUAUCCUGAAGUUCUUUUAGGGGAUACUUAUAUCCUAUCAAGGCAAAUUUAAGUGCCUCAAAAAUGUUGUGCUUUUCUACUGAGCACGUUUCCCAUAGCUUGGAGGAUGCCCCAGCUCUGGGCAGGGCGUGCAGCCACUGUAAGUGGCUGAAAAGAAGCACUGGUUUAGGAAACUGCAUUUUCUCUGUUGGUGAGAGAAAGGCAUUCCAAGUACUAGAAAUGAAGGUUCUCUCACAAUAAGUUCACAAAGCUUUGCUUUCAUAUUGGGGAGCUUAGGUCUCAGGCAGGUUUUUGAGGACAUCACUGGAAAUACCCCAUGUGAUGACUGCCUUGCCUUGUAAAGCUAUUAGAUUCAUUCAUGAAUUCUCUUGUUAACAGCCAUUUGGUGUUUGGGGCUGCAAAGAGUGGUUCUUUGGGGUGUGGUUACUAGCACCCUAAAUGAGACUCACUCAGGUGAAGACGGAAUACUUGUUAUAAAACUGUAAUAAGAUAGUGUAGUGUUUGGGAAUUAUUCAUUCCGUUUCAUCAUGUAUUCAUAAAUUUAAUUUACAGGGAGUCAGGGGGAGAUAGAUAAUAGUUAAAAUGACAUUGAAUAAAUGCAGUGCCAUUUUACUGGUAACACAGUUUGUCUUAAAAGAAAUGAAUCUUGGCCUUCAAACUGGAUCCAUCCGUGUGUUUUCGAUAUAUUUUAAGAUAUUUUCAGUAUCAAAAUCAUCAGGAUGAAGAUUAUCAUUGUGAAUUUAUUUUUCACCAUAAUUACAAAUGUUAGUAUUUUUGUUUAACUCACCAAAAUUGUUGAAAUCCUUUGAAAUACAGGUGGUGAACUCAUUAACUAUCAUUUUAUAUCUGUACUGUUGUUCCAUUUUUACUUUUUUAAGUUGUAACAAGUAAAAAUAAAGCAAAACUGAAGGUU